AUGUAUGUCAAAUGCGGAAGUUUGGCUGAUGCUCGUCAAGUAUUCGAUGACAUGAAAGAACGAGACUGUUUUUCAUGGAAUACCAUAAUUGCAGCUUACAGAAGAAAUGGAUAUGCUAACCAGGCAUUGAUAUUGUUUCAGCAAAUGCAACGAACAGCCACCCAACCUGAUCAGUUCACCUUUGCCAGUAUACUAGAAGCCUGUGCCGAUACGAAAGCUUUGUAUCAGGGAAUAGGUGUCCAUCAAAGCAUAAUGGAAAGGGGAUUGUUAUCGGAUGUUGUAGUUGGAAGAUAUGCACAAAAUGGUGCUCUUGAUGAGGCUUUAUUUCUUUUCGAGGAAAUGCCUAGAAGAAAUGUGGUGUCAUGGAAUGCAAUGAUUGCAGGGUAUGCACAAAAUGGUAGUCUUGACAGGGCUCUAAAGCUUUUUAAAGAAAUGCCUCAGCGAAAUGUAGUCUCAUGGACUGCGAUUGUUGCAGGAUAUGCACAGAGUGGGUUUGUUGAAGAAGCCUUGGAAACUUUUAAGCAAAUGCAACUCAUACAAAUGGCAAGUGAGGUGUUUGACAAAAUGCUUCAACGUGAUGUAGUCUCGUGGAAUGCAAUGACCGCUGGAUAUGCUCAAAAUAGGUUUUUUGAAGAGGCCUUAGAAACUUUCAAGCAAAUGCAAUCGGUAGGUGUAAAGCCAAACUCCACUACUUUUGCAAGCAUCCUUCCAGUCUGUGCCAAAAUAGGUGCUUUGGAACAGGGUAUGGACAUCCAUAAAAACAUAAUCGAAAGUGGAUCUUUGUCUGAGGUUAUAGUUGUGAACGCCCUGAUAGAUAUGUACGCAAAAUGUGGAAUCACACAAAAGGCACGUGAACUGUUUGACAAAAUGUAUCAACGAGACUUGGUCUCAUGGAAUGCAAUGACUGCAGGAUAUGCACAAAAUGGCUUGUGCAAGGAUGCUCUUGGGCUUUUUGAACUAAUGAAGUCUUCUAGAACAUACCCUGACCAUGUAAGCUUCACUUGUGUCUUAUUUGCAUGCAGUCAUUCAGGUCUAGUGAAUGAGGGGUGUAAAUACUUCAAUUGCAUGAGUAACACCUAUUUCAUAAUACCUACAAUUGAUCAUUAUGUGUGCAUGGUUGACCUCUUUGGCCGUGCUGGUUAUCUCAAUGAAACUCUAAAUUUUAUCAUCAAAAUGCCAAUUAAACCUGUGGUGGUUGUGUGGAUGUCUUUGCUGGGUGCCUGUAGAUCACACAAGAAUAUAGAGUUAGGAGUAUUUACUGCAACGCUCCUUUUUGAGCUGGACUCUACAAACACUGCAACUUAUGUUCUUCUGUCAAACAUCUACGCAGAAGUGGCCAGGUGGGGUGAGGUUCAUAAGGUAAGGAAAUCAAUGAAAGAUAGGGAAAUUAAGAAGAUACCUGGAUGUAGCUGGAUUGAAGUCAAUAAAACGACAAAAGUAGAGAAACAGAAACAGUUACAUCAGAAAUUGGCCAUUAGGUCAAGCCAAACAAGAAAACAGCAUACGAACAGAGAAACAGGACCAGAAACAAAACACAGAAAGAAAUAG